UAUCUCCACAAAUCACAAGCUCAAACAAAACUGCUUAAUAAAAAGAGAAAAAAGAAAAGAGCUGAAAGUAAAAGAGAGGCGAAGGGGGAGGUGUGAGCAGACGACCAGCAGUGGUGAGCUGUGGCGAGGAGCAGCGAGCCGGAAAAAGCGAUAUAUUUUGCGGUGUUGUAGGUUAUACGGACUGGACAAAACGAGCACAUAUCACGAUUCUUGACUUACAAUUCCCACUCUUCCUAUCUUUCUAGUUUCUACUCUAAAUCGCACGCCUUCUAAGCCAUUCCAAUGGGUCAUCUCAAUGCGUAUCGUCUUCAAAUUCUGAUGACAUUAGUUGUCACAGCAGUCGCUUUACCCAAGGCUCCUCGCUACAAUGUUGGAGAUGAAGUUCCUCUCUUCGUUAACAAAGUUGGUCCCCUCAAUAAUCCCAGUGAAACAUAUGAAUACUAUGACUUGCCUUUCUGCUCCCCAGACCAGGUGAUACAUAAGAAGGAAUCCAUUGGGGAAGUUCUCAAUGGAUUUGAUCGUUUAACCAACACCUUGUAUGAGUUAAAGUUCUCUGUGAACAAAUCAAAUGAUGUUCUUUGCCAUAAAAAACUCAGCAGGUAUGAGGUAGAAAAAUUCAGGAGUGCUAUUAUUAACGAGUUCUACUUCCAAAGUUACUAUGAUGACCUCCCUUUUUGGGGUUUCAUUGGGAAAGUAGAGGACGCAAGUUGGACCUUGGAUGCAAAAGGGCCCAACAAGUAUUUCCUAUUCAGUCAUGUUCGGUUUGAUGCUCUUUAUAAUGGCAAUCAAAUCCUCGAAGUACACGCCUUUAGUGAUCCAAAUCAUGCUAUUGACAUAACAGAAGACAUUGAGUGCGAUGUUGAGUUCAGUUAUUCAGUGUUCUGGAAGGAAUCCCAGAGUAAACAUAAGAGCAGAAUGGAUAGAUAUUCAAAGGCUUCCAUACUUCCUUUGCAGAUGAAAGUUCAUUGGUUCUCAUUCAUCAACUCAGUUGCUAUCAUCUUUCUGCUUACUGGAUUUGUCAUCAUGGUUCUAAUGCAACGUCUGAAGAAUGACCUCAGGAAAUUUUCUGGUGGAGAUGAAGAGGAUGAUAAAGAAGUUGGAUGGAAAUAUCUUCAUGGCGAUGUGUUCAGAUCUCCAUCAAGCAUGCCUCUGUUAGCUGCCAUUAUAGGUGCUGGUACCCAGUUGUUGACUAUGAUUUGCUUCUUAUUCAUAUUGUCAUUUCUUGGCAUCCUUUAUCCUUAUAACCGUGGAGCUCUCUCUACUACUUUGUUCAUCAUUUACACGCUUACAUCAGCAAUUGCUGGCUUCAUCUCUGCCUCCUUCUACAGCAAAUUUGUUAAAAUUGGAUGGGAAAGAAGUGUCACACUUGCUGGAAUGCUCUUCCUUGUACCGUUCCUACUUCAAGGAGUCCUUCUAAAUCUAGUGGCUAUGUCAUUCAGGGCCACAUCAGCACUUCCUCUUGGAACCAUACUGGUCAUUCUUCUAAUAUAUGCUCUUAUUGCUAUCCCGUUGCUUGCUCUAGGUGGUGGGGGUCGGGUAUCGAUGUAGGUCUGAAUUUCAAGCACCUUCUGCACAGAAAAGGACUCCAAGAGAUAUCACAUACCUCAAAUGGCAUCAAAAGACUCUUGGUCAAAUGUUUCUUGCCGGUCUGUUGCCUUUCAGUGCUAUUGCCCCCGAGUUGCAUUAUUUGUACGCUAGCAUGUGGGGUCAUAAAAUAUUCACCCUCCCCGGGGUUCUAUUUGUGAUGUUCAUAAUCCUCAUCUUUCUCACUGUAAUCUUAAGUGUUGGUUUGACAUAUUUUCAGCUGGCUGCUGAAGACCAUAAGUGGUGGUGGCGGUCUGUGUUUCGAGGGGGGUCAACAGCUGUAUUUAUGUUCGUCUAUAGCAUAUGGUUUUAUUAUAAAUCAGACAUGACUGGCUUCUUGCAGACAAGCUUCUUCUUUGGUUACACUGCUUGCAUGUGUUAUGGAUUUUUCAUCACUCUUGCAACAAUUGGCUUUUUUGCCUCCUUCAUGUUUGUUCGCCAUGUCUACCGCACAGUCAAGAGUGAAUGAAAUCAAAAUUUUCUGAUGGUAAUAGAAUCACAGACCUUGUAGUUGAAUCAUCUAAACAUAUACUCCGUGUAUCCAAUGGGGAAAACAUACUUCCUUCACUACAAGCUCAAAAUAAUUGUAUCAACUGUAUCCAAUGUGUAUGUUCACUUGUGUUAGUUACCUAGCAAAAGCUGAGAAUGAAAUUUCAUUUUGUAAACUUGAUUGAGAAUGUUUUCAUGUUAUAGACAUGUGAA